UUCAAUCCAAACUCCAGAGAGAUGUACAUGUAUAGCCUUUUUUGUUGCGUAUUAACAUGCCUGACUCUAAUUGAUGCUGAAUGUACCAACUAUCCUGGUAUCCGAAACGCCGAUUUUUAUGAUGAUAAUGGAGAUAGGUGUGAUGGUAUCACAAUUACAUGUGACGAAUGUUACAAAAUGAAGCAAGUAAUUUCAUGUACAAACGACACAUGGACGUAUCUAAAACCUUCUUGUAAAAUAGAUCUAGAACCGAUAUUGUCCAAAAACGAUUGCAACUUGCCAACUAUAGAGUGUGAUUUCUCAUCAAUAUUUAGAACCAUUAACGGAACGUGUAACUUUCUAGAAGAACCAAGAAGUGCAGCCUAUCAAGAUACAAUAAGUUCAAUGUUCUAUCCUGCAUAUGAUGACCUUAAAUUUAUACCAAGGUUUAGAGGUGUUGAUGGUAAUCCACUUCCUAGUGCCGGGGACAUAUCUCAAAAGAUUAUCACUAGCAUAACGGAACCUGUAUCUACCCCACAUACCAAUUUACAUCAGGUGUUUGGUCAGUUUUUAUUCCAAGACAUCGCUCUAACAGAAAAAAUGAUAAAACCCUCUGGUAAAAAAUUUGAUUGUUGUAAAGAACCAAUUAGCGACGAAAUCUUUGAAGUUGAUGGUGGACCAUGCUUUCCUAUACGAUAUCCUAACAAACUGAAAAACAACAGUGAUUGUGGAAACUUUGUCAGAUCAGUUGGCUUGCAAGACUGUGAAAAUAAUUUGAGAGAAGUGACGAAUUUUGCAACUUCCUUUAUCGAUGGAUCAAUGAUAUAUGGAGCAACUAAAGACAAAAGUGAUUCUCUAAGAUUGUUUGAAAAAGGAAAGUUGAAAAGCAGCGCCAAUGGCUUAUUACCUGCUAGAACUGAUGACAACAAAACACGUUGUAAUCCUGUUAACGAGUCUGAAUUCUGUUUUGAUGCUGGCAACAAGCGAGUCAAUGUAUCCCCUGGCGUCAUGUCUCUUCAAACAAUUUUCUAUCGUUUCCACAACCAAAUAGCAGAAGAACUCUCAAAUUCCCGCAGUUAUUCGCGCGAUGAAACUAUAUUUCAAGAAACACGAAGAAUUAUUGGCGCUGUUAUACAAAAUAUUGCUUAUAAUGAAUACCUUCCAUUAUUGAUAGGACCAAGCGCUAUGGAUGAAUAUGGACUAAAUAGACCUUAUGAAUACUUACGUGGGGACAUGUACUCUUCCCGUCCAUCCGGUACCUUCGAUAGUUUUAAUGCAGCAGCUUCAAGAUAUGGUCAUUCUGCCUUACCUAAUAAAUGGACUUACGGUCAAGAACAAAUUUCCUUUUCUGAACUGUUCCUGAGACCGUAUUAUAUUCAGGCUGAUCAAGGACAAGGCUUAGAUAAAAUAGUGGAGGGGAUGCUACAUGAUUCUAGUCAAGAAGUAGAUCUAAAAUUUAGUCAAGAUCUUCUCGAGUUGUUUAAGGCCAGAAAAUUUGGUGGAAACGAUCUUGUUGCAUUGGAUAUACAGAAGGGACGAGAACUUGGCUUACAACCGUAUAACGUAUUCCGUUCACAAUGUGGCCUUCCAAGCUUAACCUCGCUUGAUGCUGGAACGAAUCAAACUAAUAUAUUGAAAAAGGCUUACUCGCAUAUAGACGAUGUUGACCUGUAUGUCGGUGGACUUUCAGAGCCUCCAGUAGAGCAUGGUAUUGUUGGACCAACAUUUGCUUGUAUUUUCGGCCUGCAAUUCAAUGAUCUGAAAUUCAGAGAUCGAUUCUGGUUUGAAAACGAACAUCCUGUCAACUAUUACAAUUACGGUUUAUCUGGAUUAGAUAGAUGGCAGGUGAGUGAAAUCCGUCAUCUAAAGUUUUCUCGAGUUAUUUGUGCUACCACCAACAUCACAAAAGUUCCACUCAAUGCGUUUCUACAUAUAGGAGAGGGGCUACAUACAGGAGAGGGUGAUAACCCUGAAGUUGAUUGUUCAGACUUUCAAACACUUCCAAAGUUGGAUCUGGACCAUUGGAUCAGGAUAGGUGGAAAAUGAGUCUGUAUAGAAGAAUACUGUUGAACAGUAUAUCAUAUUUAUUAAACUGUCUGCAUGCAA